CUGCAAAGAAAACAAGAAAAUGAAAUUUUCAGACCUGAAAAAGGAAACUGGGUGCGCGCGGCUUCAUCUUUUUUUCCCCCCUGAAGUUUCAUAUCCAGCCAAUAGAACCCGUUGGUACCAAUCAAAAUGAGUCUCACCAAGAAAGAAACAGAGAAGUGGGUUAAGGUUUAGAACCUAUAAAAGCAGCCUAUAAGGGUAAGAAUACUAACACAUUUGAUCUCAAAGCUAUUGGAAAUAUAGAAAUUAAGAGAGAGAGAGAGAGAGAGAGAGAGUUUGAGAUGGCUAUGGAGAGAAGAAACAAUGUAAGGGCUGUGGUGUUCAUGAUGAUAAUGGUGUUGGGGUUGUUGCAGGCGGCAACACAGACCUCAGCUGGUUUCAGCGCUUGCUAUGGUCAAUGCUUUAUUUUCUGCAUAUUGAAACCAAAUGAAACCGUUUGUACUUGUACCUUACAAUGCUUGAAAGAUUGCAUAAUCCCAUCUUCUUCUUCUUCUUCAAUGCCUUCAUCUAUUGACCAUGUUUCCUCUUCUUCGUCACUCACCGAUCAAUACUGCAACCUUGGUUGUGCUAUUUUCUCUUGUGCCACUCUCAGUACCAAAAAGAACCCAGGUGGUAAAGAAGUGGAAAGUUGUGUGAGCUCUUGCUCCCAGAUUUGCAACCCAACUCGUUAAAUUUGUUUUUCUUUGUUUGCACUGCUAGAGUAUCUGAUUUUCUUCUGUUUUUUCCAAUUAUGAUGUUGAAGAUGAUUAUAAUUUAAGAUGGGUUCUCAGUGUAAUAAUGGAAGCACUUACAUUUGCUACA